UAACCUUUUAUAAUACACAUCAACAAAAAUUUUUUGUUGAAAUCCCGACGAUAUUUUCACUGUGCUUGUGUAUGUGUAUGUGUGUGUGUGUGCUUCUCUCACUCACUCUCGUAACGCCAGAUGCGCGAAACCUAACCUCAAAGACAAAGAGUGAGAGAAGGAGAGUGAGUGAAUAAGUGAGAGAGGCGUGUUCGCCCAAUUCAUCCCCCCGGAUAAAGGAAUAUCACAAUAAUUACCAGACACUUGUUUUUAAUUCGAUAAAUUUAUAACAAAAAAAAAGAAGUGUUAGUUGACAAAAUAGAAAAAAAAAGUAAAAACUGAUAAAAAAGAGACGAAAAAAAAAUUUGUGGGAUUAUUUUAGUGAAAAAUAUUAAUAAUUCUCUCACUUCAUGAUGGACUUUUUUUAUGAAACAAGAAAAAGGAGAAUUUUUGCUGCAACUACUCUUGAGUUAAUAUAGGUAGAAGCAGAAAAGGGUUUUAUUCUACUUUUUUUCUUCUCAGUGUUAACGCGUGUGCAUUUGUGUUUUUACAUAUGUGUGCGUCUGUGUGUACUCAUCUCGUGGUGGCAAUGGUGGAUCGUCGAAUCCGGCAUGGGAUUCCAAAAUAAACCUGACCUUUCUUCGUGCACCACACACCAAUAAUAACGAAAAAAGAAAUUCUCCACUAAAGGAAACAGAUCGAUAACGACUUUUGUGGUUCUUGUGGAUCGUGACCCUUUUCAACGUUCACUAAUUGUCAGGAAGAGAAGAGAAAAUUUACGAGGCAACCUAUAUACACACACAUACACGUUCGAAACGGAUGAAAAAAAAAAUUCACCCGGAAAAAGAAAACAAUUCAAGAAAGAAAAUAUAUUUCUUAGCAAAAUUAGAAUUCAAAUUUUCCCGCCAUUGGCGCCAUCAAUAUGACACCGAGUAUUAUUCUCUCGCAAGCGAUGAGUUGAUUCGUCGCCUGUAUAAAAAGGAUUCGGGACAUCCAAUAUUUAAAAGAGAAAAAGAAAUUUAAAUAGUAAAAAUUUAUUCGACAAAACAACAAAAAUGGGUUAAACAGAAAAAAGAGUGACGACUCGCCAUGGACGACGCCAUUAAAUCUCAUUGGCAAAAUGGCGGUCGCGUCCUCACAAUGCAACAAGUGGCAAUGAGGACUUUAAGGCUGCGAUCUCUUAAGUGUGCCAUAAAACGAGAAAAGCAUUUCAAGUUUCUCUUCUAAUGUCGUAAAACGUCACCGCGGGAAAUCGGUACAUGACACGCCUCUUAUUAUAUAGAAAAAAGAAUACUUAUCAAGAAGAAGAAGAAGAAAUCCAUUUUUGUCAAAAUAAACAUAAUUUAUAACACGACGGAAGCAAAAAAGAAAAUUUUAGCUCGAAAAAAAUUUUUAUUCCCAUCGAUUUAUUUUUUUUCAAAAAGAAAAAUUAUGUCUUUAAUUGUUUGAAUAAUUUUUUUGAGAAUAAAAACAAAGGGACGAUUGGAAUUUUUAUGGUGUUAGUGAUGAAGAUCCCGACGGGAGAAAUUGGUAUUCCACUCUUUGGCGAUGUUGGACCACGAUUUAUCGUCAAGCAGACGACGGUCAAGAGAUGUGUUGCUGCACUACUUUUGAUAUCAGUUGCGAGCAUAUUUUACUACACUCAUUACAUCAUUAGCAGUCCAUUCUCGAGUUUAAUUCAUUUGAAUACGAGACCAGAGCCAGCAAUAAGGUGUUCAACGUUGAGAGGUGCAACACGACUACCAACAGCGCCUGAUCAUCGAAGCGAGGCUCGUCUCAGAAUUGAUCCCAAGGUGUUGGUAUUUGUUGAGACACUCUACUCGAGAUUGGGACGUGAAAUCUCCGAGCUUUUAGUCUACAAUCGUAUAAAGUACAAAGUUGAAGUCGCCGGUAAAUCAUUGCCAGUUCUAACGAAUCUUGACAAGGGAAGAUAUGGGGUGUUGGUGUUUGAAAACUUGAACAAAUAUCUUCAAAUGGACAAAUGGAAUCGUGAGCUACUCGAUAAAUAUUGCCGGGAAUACUCAGUUGGUAUUGUUGGAUUUGCACCACCAGGAGAGGAGAGUCUUGUUGGCGCCCAACUCAAGGGCUUUCCACUUUUUAUACACACAAAUCUCAGACUUAAGGAUGCCCAGUUGAAUGCUGCAUCGCCUAUUCUGAGAUUGACGAGAGCUGGCGAAACUGCUUGGGGACCACUUCCUGGUGGUGACUGGACAAUUUUCCAACCGAAUCACAGCACGUACGAGCCUUUGGCCUGGGCUCAUCGAGACAGUCUCAAUGAUCCAAACGAUAAAAGUCCCCUCGCCACUGUUAUUCAGGAUCAUGGAAGACACGAUGGUAUUCAACGUGUAUUAUUUGGUGGCAGCUUACGAUUUUGGCUACACAAACUCCUGCUCCUCGACUCGUUGUCGUUCUUAUCGCACGGACAGUUGAGUUUGAGUUUGAAUCGAAUGAUCCUAGUCGAUGUUGAUGACAUUUUUGUGGGCGAAAAAGGCACAAGACUGAAGAAAGAUGACGUUCUGGCAUUACUCGCCACGCAGCAACGUGUACAGGCAUUGGUGCCUGGUUUUAAAUUUAAUUUGGGGUUUUCCGGAAAGUACUUUCAUCACGGGACGUCCGAGGAGAAUUUGGGAGACGAUAUGCUCCUCGAGAAUGUCGACAGAUUUACAUGGUUUUCCCACAUGUGGAAUCAUCAACAGCCACAUCUCUAUGAAAAUGUAACGCAUCUACAAUUGGACAUGGCUUUAAAUAAACAAUUUGCCAAGGAUCAUGGCAUACCAACUGGAAGUGGUUACAGUGUAAGUCCACAUCACUCGGGUGUCUAUCCCGUUCACGAGGGACUCUAUGAGGCGUGGAAAAAAGUCUGGAACAUAAAAGCCACCAGCACUGAGGAAUAUCCACAUCUGAGGCCAGCUCGUCUUAGACGUGGUUUCGUUCACCGCAACAUUAUGGUGUUGCCACGACAAACUUGCGGUUUAUUUACGCACACAAUAUUCAUCGAGAGAUAUCCCGGUGGCAGGGACAAAUUGGAUGAAUCAAUACAGGGUGGUGAACUUUUUCAAACAAUUGUUUACAAUCCGAUUAAUAUUUUUAUGACACAUAUGUCAAAUUAUGGAAACGAUAGACUCGCACUUUAUACAUUUGAAUCGGUGAUCAAAUUCAUUCAAUGCUGGACGAAUCUACGACUAUCGAGUGCGCCGCCUCUUUUACUUGGCGAGAGAUAUUUUCAAUUAUAUCCGGAGGAAGCGGAUCCCGUCUGGGGAAAUCCUUGUGAUGAUUUGAGGCAUCAGAAAAUAUGGUCAAGAAAUAAGACUUGCGAUCAAUUGCCAAGAUUUUUAGUGAUUGGACCACAAAAAACGGGGACAACUGCACUCUAUACAUUCCUAUCGAUUCAUCCGGCAAUAAGCAGUAAUUUACCGAGUCCCGAUACAUUUGAGGAGAUACAAUUUUUUAAUGGUAAAAAUUAUUACAAGGGCCUCGAUUGGUACAUGAGCUUCUUUCCAGCAAUGAAAAAUGAAAGUUCACGUUAUUUAUUUGAAAAAUCAGCGACAUAUUUCGAUGGUGAAUUAGUGCCAAGACGUGCACACGCACUAUUACCAAAAGCAAAAUUAAUAACAAUUUUAUUAUCGCCAGCAAGACGUGCAUACUCAUGGUAUCAACAUACAAAAGUUCAUGGCGAUCCUGUGGCAAAAAAUUAUUCAUUUCAUUCGGUUAUAAUGGCAAGUGACACAGCGCCAAAACCACUAAGGGAUCUUCGAAAUAGGUGUUUGAAUCCGGGAAAAUAUGCGCAGCAUUUAGAGAGAUGGCUCUCGUAUUAUUCGCCGCAGCAGUUACAUAUAAUUGAUGGCGAGCAAUUGAGACAAAAUCCAGUUGAAACAUUGCAUGAAUUGCAAAAGUUUCUUAAAAUAACGCCGGCCUUUAAUUAUUCAACGCAUCUGCGAUACGAUCCGAAAAAGGGAUUUUUUUGUCAGGUGACGAAUGAGGAUCGCACCAAGUGCCUUGGCAAAAGUAAAGGCCGACAGUAUCCUCCAAUGGAGGAUAGAUCGUACAAAUUGUUGCAGAGAUAUUAUCUGUCGCACAACACGGCUCUGGUGAAACUGUUAAAACGUCUCGGUCAAAAAACACCCCAAUGGCUUAAGGACGAUCUCACAGACACUGUAAUGACAUAGCAAACGUCAAUAUUUUGAAAACUCUUUUUCAAUACAGUUUCCCAUCAAGUGCCACGUGUCCUCAUCAAAGACUUGUAAAUUAAAAAGAACUUUUAGCAAUUUAAUAUUAUUAUUAUUAUAAAUUAUAAUUAUUAUUAAUAUUAUGAUCGUGUUAAAUAUUCAAAAAAAAAAAAAAUUGACAACAAUAUUGAAAAUAUU